CGGUCCGUGUGUCCGUGCGCGGCGGCGGGGGGAGGGCAGCCCCGGCCGGCCGAGGUAAAGCCGUAGCCAUGGCGACGUGAGCAGGAUCCGGUGGCCCCGCAGGGAUGCUGGUCCCGCCAGGCCGGCCCGGCCGCCCGCCCGCCGGGGCCGCCACAGGGACGGUGCUGCGACCCUCGAGGGGGGCACCCGCGCCGCCCCCCGCCAUGCCCGCAGCCGCCCUCUGCCUGCUCUGCGGCGUGGUGAUGCCGGCUGCCAUGAUCUGUGCCGAACCCCUGCCCCGCAUCACCUUCCCCAGCGGGGACCCUCGCCGGACCUUGACCCACUUCAGCCAGGACAACGUGUCCCACUACGACAUCCUUCUCCUGCACGAGAGCGAGGAGGAGCUGUACGUGGGGGCGCGGGACCGGGUGCUGUCCCUCGCCGUCGGCACCGUGGGCAGCAUCCGCGCCAAAGCCUCGAUAAUGUGGGGACCCACAGCGGAGAAAACCUCCGAGUGUGCUUUUAAGAAGAAGAGCCAGGAGACCGAAUGCUUCAACUUCAUCCGCGUCCUCGUGGCGCUGAACGAGACCCACCUCUACGUCUGCGGGACUUACGCCUUCAGCCCCGCGUGCACCUACAUCCACCUGGAGAACUUCACGCUGGUGUCCAGCAGCAGGGGACAACCUUUCCUGGACGGGAAGGGCCAGUGCCCCUUCGACCCCCAGCACACCCACACGGCCCUGCUGGUGGACGGCGAGCUCUACGCCGGCACCAUGAACAACUUCCAAGGCAACGAGCCCAUCAUCUCCCGCUCGCUGGGCAGCCGCACUCUGCUCAAGACGGACGCCUUCCUGCGCUGGCUCUCGGCCGACGCCGCCUUCGUGGCCUCCUUCAGCAUCCCCGGCGAUGACAAGGUCUACUUCUUCUUCGAGGAGACAGCCGAUGAGUUUGAUUUCUUCGAGCGUCUCCUGGUGCCACGGGUGGCCCGUGUCUGCAAGAGCGACGUCGGGGGGGACAAAGUGCUGCAGAAGAAGUGGACGACGUUCCUGAAGGCGCAGCUGGUGUGCUCGCAGCCCGGCCACUUCCCCUUCAACGUCAUCCAUCACGCCUUCGCCCUGCCCCGCCGCGGCGGCGGUGCCGACUUCUACGCCGUCUUCACCUCGCAGUGGCAGGUGGGCAGGGUGGGCAGCGCCGCCGUCUGCGCCUACAGCCAGGAGGAUCUGCAGGAGGUGUUCGAGGGCAAGUACAAGGAGCUGAACAAGGAGAGCUCCCGCUGGACUGUCUACAGUGGCUCCAACAUGAGUCCCCGGCCCGGCAGCUGUUACAUGGGUCCCUCCUCCGACAGAGCCCUCACCUUCAUGAAGGAUCAUUUCCUGAUGGACGGGAAGGUGUCACCCACCCAGGGACGGCCACUGCUGGUGAAGACGGGCGUCACCUACACGCGCAUCGCGGUGGACGAGACCCGUGGUGUCUCAGGGGUCACCUAUCGCGUCAUGUUCCUGGCCACGACGGAGGGUUUCCUGCACAAAGCCGUGGAGCUGCCUGGGGGUCCCCACAUUGUGGAGAGCAUCCAGCUCUUCGGGACACCGGAGCCGGUGAAGAACCUGCUGCUGGCCCCAGGGAAGGGCGUCCUCUACGUGGGCUACUCCAGCGGUGUCCUGCAAGUCCCUCUGGCCAACUGCAGCCAGCACCGGAGCUGUGCCGAGUGCGUGCUGGCCCGGGACCCGUACUGCGCCUGGCACGGCGCUGGGGGCUCCUGCCAGUCCCCCGGCUCCGCCACCGACACGAGCACGUGGCUGCAGGACAUUGAGACAGGGAGCCCGGCCAGCACUUGCCACCGCGGGAGGAGCGUGGCCAUGCCCCGGGCCCGCGGGCCACAAGAGGAUCUCGCUGCAGAGAGGCUCAGCCCCCCGCUGAACGCCGUCGUCCGCCUGCUGUGCCCCCAGCCCUCCGCCCUGGCCACCUACAGCUGGCAGCAGCCCGGUGGCCGAGGGGACCGGGGGGACACCACGCUGCUGCCCAACCACACGUUGGUGAUCAUCAUGCAGCGGGGAACCACCGGCACCUACAAGUGCCAGGCCACCGAGAACGGCUACACGUGGACUGUGGCUCAUUACCAGCUGCAUGAGCCUGGGGGGGCAGCCCCCCAGUCGGACCGGCUGGCUGAGGAGGGGUUAACCUGGGGGUCCCCAAACCCCAGCGCGUCUUACUGGCCCCAGUUUGUCACCGUCACCGUGCUGCUGGCCGUGACACUGACCGCCGCAGCCUGCCUGGGUCUCCUUGCCUACCGGGACCAGCUCAAAGCCAGGAGCAAGGUGCAGGGGUGCAGCGCACCCCACGGCCCCCCAACCCCAACCCAGCGCCGCGAGAAGGUGCCCCUCAACGGGGGCACCGCGGAGCCCGCGGCGCCCGGGAUCACCACCGAGGAGGAGGAGGAGGAGGAAAGCUCCCAUGCUUGCUGCCUCCAGCUCGACGGGGACAUCGAUGCUGCCAACAGGCUCCGCGUCCCGGGGGGGGACAUGGCGUGACGCUGCCAAUGGGGGGGGGAGACCGUGGAGGAGCGGCAGGGUGUGGGGGAAAGGUGAAUGUGAAGGUUUCUUUCUUCUUCUUUUUUAAUUUAAUACACAUAUUUUAAUAUAAAGUAAUGUUUUGGGGUGGCGGGCAGUGGAGUGCGAGGUGGCGAGGGGGUGGGAUGGGGGGCGAGGGAACGAUGGGGACACGGGUACAGAGGAGGGAUGUGGCCACGGGGGUGGGAAUGAGCCAACGCUGGUGUCACCCCGGGAAAUAAAACUGGGAUCCAUAAAAGCUCCAAAAUGGGGAAAAACAAGCCCAGAUGGGCCCACCCCAUGAGCACCCACCGUCUGCCGCCAGAUCCCCUGCUCCCCACCACCCCGGUGCUGGGGGCACCAAACCCCCCACCCCCCACCCGCUGCCCCCUUGGCCCCUGCUGCUUCUUUUGAUGAGGUUGAGCCUUCUUUUUUUAUUGUUAAGACAAACCAGCUGUACAUUUUCCUGCUCUUUGUACAUUGGAUUUUUUUAUUAAAACGCAAAAGCUA